UAUGUAAAUUUCCCAGAAAAAAUUGCAUGCGGCCGGGCGGCAUCGGAAGGCCGGCCCGCCCCCGCACCGCAGCUGUAGGCGGACAACGAUCACCGCAGUUUCUUCCAUCGAGUCUCCGCAGAGCUUUCCAUCUAUCCUUCAACACGACGAAAACCAUGAGCGGCGCAGCGGCGAUGCCCUCUAUAUCAGCCAAAGCGGUCCUCAGCAACGCCGGCAGCCACAGAGCUCGUUUGAAGGACGCCGUGAAAGAAUGGGGUCGAUCCAAGACCCUCAAGCUUAGCUACGCCCUCGAUCUCUUCCAGAACUUGUUAGAUACAGAUCCUAUGCCGCCAAUCUAUUCCUUCAACACCAUCCUCAUCGGUAUCUCCCGGAUGAAGCAAUUCCCCGCUGCAAUCUCUCUUUUCAACCUCAUGAACCGGGCCGGCGGAAUCUGUCCCAAUUCACACACAUUCGGCAUUCUCGUUGAUUGUUGCUGCCGGAUGCGAAGCGUGGAUCUCGGGUUCGGCAUAUUUGCCGCCAUGUUGAAGCGCUGCUGCUGCCCCAACACCGUGGUUUUCACCUCGUUGAUAAGAGGACUAUGCCACGAGCGCCGGAUCCAUGAUGCUGUCUCACUGUUUGACGAAAUGCCGCUUCUGGGAUGUCAACCCAACGUCGUCACUUUCACUACCCUAAUCAAGGGAAUCUCAAGCAGCGGCAGCGGAAAGUCUGCCAUGGUCCUCGACCUGCUCCACAGGAUGUCGGAGAUCGGCGGCGCUUGCAAGCCUGAUGUGGUGGCGUACAGUGCUGUCAUUGACGCGCUCUGCAAGGACGGUGAGUUAGAAAAAGCUUCAGAGGUUUUUAAAACAAUGGAGGUAUCGGGGGUUCAUCCUAAUGUCUUCACUUACAGCACGAUCAUCGAUGCUUAUUGCAAAGGUGGUUCCUUGAAGAACGCCGUUAAUCUGUUCGAGCAAAUGAGCGUAAAGGGCGUUGCUCCUAAUAUCGUUAUCUGUAACACUCUCAUCGACACGCUCUGCAGAGAGGGAGCAGCAGAAAAAACCGCAGAGCUUUUCGAAUUGAUGAAGCUCGCUGGUUUCCCCCCGGAUGUUAUCACUUUCAACAGCAUUGUUCAUGUUCUCUGCAAAGAAGACUUGGCUGUUGAAGCCCUCAAGUUUCUGGAUGUGAUGUCUGAGAAUGGCGUGGAGCCCGAUGCAGUGACAUACACGACUAUAAUGGAUGGAUACUCUAAAAUAGGAAAAACAGACGAAGCGCUGAAGGUCUUUGAUCUCAUGAUUUCUAAAGGAAGAAAACCAGACGCUGUUACCUACUGCAUAUUGAUCAAUUUAUAUUUGAGGGCAGAAAAAACUGAUUUAGCUCUUAGGAUAUUUGAUGAGUUGCCUGAGAGGGGAUUUGAACAGACUGCAACUAUAUGCAACGCUAUAUUGAAUGAACUGUAUCGUGUAGGACGAGUAGCUGAUGCCAGAAGAACGCAUCAGAAGAUGAUGGCUGCUGGUGUUUCUCCAGAUAUUGACACAUAUCAUGCGAUUAUUCGGGGACUUUGUAAAAACAAUUGUUUUGAUGAGGCAAUGGAUGUUUUUCAAUCCAUGCUCUCCCAAAAUUCUGAAAUUGCAGUCAAGACAUUCAACUUCAUGAUGGAUGGGUUGUACAAAGCUGGCAGAUUUAAGUUAGUUAAGGAUCUUUUUGAUGGCCUUUCUGCCAAAGGGUUGUCGCCUGAUGCCUUCACCUAUACUAUAUUAAUGAAUUCUCUUAUAAGUGAUGGUUCAAUGGAUGAGUUUGAGGAUUUGUAUCAAUCAAUGGAGAAAUCCAGUUGUGUUCUGAAUUCAGCUUUGCUCAAUUCAAUUGUUCAGAGCUUACUCAAGAGUGGAGAUAUUAAGAAAGCGAUUAAUUUUCUUAAUAGAAUGGAAAAGAAGAAUUUUUCACUCGAAGAGCCCAAUGUUAUGCUAUUGAAUUCUUUGCUCAACGAGAAUGAAAGUUUUCAAGAACAUUUGAAGUCAAUUCCCCAUUUCCCUGAACAAAAUGCGGAUUUAAGGGAUGAGAUUAACAUUGAUUCAUUGAUCGAACGUUUCAAGGCCUAUUUGCUACAAGAUGAAGCCUCAAAAGUGUGAUUUUAGAGUGGAUUUUUCUUGAAUUGUCAAUUGGUUUCGUCAUUGUAUGCUUUGCAUCGCUUUGAUGCACUAGGUUCCCAGCGCAUUAUUGUCAACAGAAAGCUUCACGGUCCAUCACAGAUUGAAGCAUGCGCAUUUAGCACCAUUUGGUGUAGGUUUGCUUGAGGCUUAUAAAAAUCUUCAUCUUCUAAUGAGAAAGCGGAGGUUUGAAAACUCCAAAUGGUUUCUAAAAGCCUUGUAACAAUUUCAUCAUCCAUUUUGCUCGAAAUGGUUUUCCUGCUGUUAUUGUCCUCGAGAUUUGGCUGAGAAUCACUUGCUGAAGUUUGAGGAGACGAAAGACUCUUCAACAAUGCUUGCUACGAAGGCGGAAUUGUACCAACCAAAAUUCAAUAUGGCCUUUAAACAAAUUGAUGUGAUCAACAUGUCCAAGGAGCUUCUAAGAUUUCCACAUGGACUUGGGGAAAAUAUCCAUAGAGCUCCCUUUAAUUUAUGCAAUGUCAAUGGCUUUGACAAUGCAUCUCAUUUUUAAGAAUAAGAUGAUGGCAUAGUUCCAAGCUUCCCCAUCCAAUAUGUCAAAAAAUUUAGAUGCAUUUACAUACCUUCCACAAAAUUCUUACGUAUUUACGUAUUUAACGCCUAAACAUUCAUAUUUACUUGCAUGCCACUCAAAUGUUUAACGUCACAUGAA